AUGGCGUUAACCUCAAAUCUACAAAGUUUGUUUACGUUUUGUGGUUUAAUUUUGAAUUAGAAAGAAAGUUGAGGUUUAAUUUAUUUAAAAACCCAGUACUAAUUUAAUUACCUAUUUCGUUGAAAUAAUUUACUAAAAUGCUUGAGGGUUGGUACUGUAGAUCUCUUGCUAAUGAAGCUGCGGCUGCUGAAGAAGAGGAGCGAGCUUUAGAAGAAUCCAAAUUCAAAAAGGAAUAUAAAUAUUUGAAAAGAAAAUUUCAGAAUUUAGUAUAUGAAAAUGAAGCUUUCCAGCAAGCUUUACGAACAGCACAAAAAAGGCUACUAACAGUUACAAGAGAUCGCACCUUCUUAUUGGACAGACUAUUGAUGCAUGAGAAGGUUGAGCACAGUACUUCAGAAUCGGAAGAGACAGAAUCGUCUGAUGAUGGGGAACCUACUAGAUCAGAACCGAUAAAAAAAAAGAAAUUUGAAGCAGGAUCUAAUCUUCAUCAUAUCAGUUCAGGAAGAGUCCUGCCUAUCGCAAAGAAGAAGAGACCUCCGGCGCCUCGUCCCCCGAAACAAAUUCAGCAGUCUAUGCAACUUCAAAUGCCAGUAAGUAACGCAAGUGUAUUAUCUGAUGGACACAUGACCCCUGAGGAGGUCGAGAGACAUUUACAGUCUCAAAAUUUUAUGGAAUUUGUUCCCGAAAGGGCCCCCCCAACAGUCCCGACAGAGAUGUUUAGUAAUGAACCGUCAUUAGACAGUGAAUCCAACGACAUUGGAGAACUAGAAACAUCGCCCAGUAAUAUGGGAGAAGAAUUAAGUAUUGAUAUGAUCCCAGAAUAAAUACUGAAGUUACGUUACAUUAAUGUAGGUCUUGUUUGAUUUUGUGAUUACUGCCGUUAUUAAUAUUAGUUUUUAUAAAAUAAAAGAUUUCCUAUUUGCGAAACCCCAGUUAACACAAAAAUAUAUAAUUAGAGUACCA